AUGAUUUUCCUGCUGUCGAUUUUACUCUCAAUUGCCCAACUUGUGUGUUCUACCGCUCGCAAUCGCACUACAAACGAGUUGCUUAAUGCGAAUCGAUAUCGUUUCCCACGUCGGGGCAAUUUGCGUUCGUAUGACUGUGGCCUCAUUCGAAACGUAGAGGAGGGCUGCUUUGGGCUUGGUGGAGAAGCUGUUAACGAUAACGACGCUAAAGCAAAGACCAAGCUUUUUGAUAAGCAGCUUAGCUCUGUUUCCGUCUAA